UAUCGUCAAUGUUAUAAUGAUUGGAUGGCUAAAGAAAUCAAGAAGCUUACACCAACAGGUCAAAUACAACGUCUUGCAUAUAAUUUAGUGGCUGAAUGGGUAUUAAUUUCGUGGAAUCAAAUUGAUACAUCACUUAUACAACAAGAUGAAAAUGAAAAUAAUGAAGGUAAUUCUGAAAAUGAAAAAGUAAGUGAUAUCAAAAAUAAUGAAGCAAGUGAAAAUAAUGAAGAAAUAAUUGAUGAAGAUAUUGAAA